UUGUCUCCUGGUCGGCAGGGAGCGGAGAGUUGGUGGACAGUGUGGAUAAGAGUCGCUUUGGGGACUGGUGAGCUUGUCGUACAGCUGCCCGGAGGAGAGCUGCGGAGCCAGGACACGGAUGAUCUGAGGAGAAGGUGUGUUGCGUCCUCCUGUUUGCUGCUGCCAGGAUGCAGUUCUCAGUCAGACUGAGCCUCUGCCUGCUGGGCUUCCUCCUCGUCUGCAUGUUCCCUCAGUCAGCGCGGGGCCAAGUUUCAUCGCCACGACGAUUUCGUGCCAAAAUCCUGAGCCCCACUAAGCUUCAUGUGUCGUGGAAAGAACCGAAAGGAGAGUUUGAAAGCUACAAGGUCAUUUACACCACGCCAGGUGGAGAGCAGAAGGAGGUUCAGGUGUCGAAGCAGGAGGCAAAGCUGCUCAUCGAGGACUUUGACCCGUCUAAAGAGUACAACUUUAAGAUUAUUGCAGUCAAGGGAAGACAGCAGAGCAAGCCACUUCAGGCCAAACAUGAAGCAGCUCAGCGAUCAGGCGUCGAGAUGGUUCAGUCCCAGAGGACACACAGCAGUGGAGUCACUGAGGAGAACAAUGAGAUUUCAGAAGCUGAAGGGGGUUUUACAUGUAAGACUUCGGCCAUAUCCGACAUUGUUAUUCUGGUGGACGGAUCCUGGAGCAUCGGCCGCAUCAACUUCAGGCUAGUCAGGACUUUCCUGGAAAACCUGGUCAGAGCCUUCAACGUGGGGUUUGACAAGACCAGGAUUGGUCUGGCUCAGUACAGCGGAGACCCCAGAAUCGAGUGGCAUCUUAACACUCACACCACCAAAGAGGCUGUGAUCGAUGCCGUGAAGAACCUGCCAUACAAAGGAGGAAACACCCUGACAGGUCUGGCACUGACCUUCAUCCUGGAGAAUAGCUUCAAACCAGAGUCCGGAUCCCGGCCCGGUGUUCCCAAGAUCGGAAUCCUCAUCACUGAUGGGAAGUCACAGGACGAUGUGAUCCCCCCCGCACAGAGCCUGCGGGAUGCUGGGAUUGAACUGUUUGCCAUUGGUGUGAAAAACGCAGAUGAGAACGAGCUGAAGGCCAUCGCCUCCCCUCCUGAGGAAACUCAUGUCUACAACGUGGCAGACUUCAGUGUGAUGAGCGACAUCGUGGAGGGUCUCACCACGACCAUCUGCGACCGGGUGGAGAAGCUCGACAAGCAGCUCAAAGGGGGAUCUGAACCUGCACCCCCGCCCACCUCCGUGGCUCCGCCCCGCGACCUGGUGAUAUCUGCUGUCACAGCUCGCAGUUUCCGGGUGACUUGGACCCAUGCCUCGGGCCAGGUGGAGAAAUACCGCGUGGUCUACUACCCAGCCAGCGGAGGACAGCCGGACGAAAAGGUGGUCCAGGGCACAGAGAACAGCGUGGAGCUGAACUACCUGAACUCUCUGACCGAGUACCAGGUGGCCGUUUUUGCCAUCUACCGCAGCUCCGCCAGCGAGGCCCUGAGAGGCAGUGCCACCACAUUGGCCCUGCCCAUGGUGAACGACCUGGAGCUGUUUGAUGUCACUCACAGCACCAUGAGGGUCCGCUGGAAGACCGCCGCCGGGGCUUCUGGGUAUAUGAUUCUGUAUGCCCCGCUGACUGAGGGUGACCCUGCUGAUGAGAAGGAGGUGAAGGUGGCAGAAUCGGUGAACGAGGUGGAGCUGGAGGGACUGACUCCUGCCACAGAGUACACGGUGACGGUUUACGCCAUGUAUGGAGAGGAGGCCAGCGACCCCAUGACCAGCCAGCAGACCACACUACCGCUGACCCCGGCGAGGAACCUUCGUUUCUCAGACGUGGACCACAGCUCCGCUCGGCUCACCUGGGACUCCACCUCCAGGAAGGUCAAAGGCUACCGCAUCAUGUACGUCAAGACCAACGGAGUCCAGACCAAUGAGGUGGAUGUUGGCCUUGUGACGACCUGGCUGCUGAGAAACCUGACCUCCCUGACGGAGUAUACAGUCGGAGUCUUCGCCAUCUACGACGAGGGACAAGCUGAGGCCGUGACUGACAGCUUCACCACAAAGUCGGUCCCAGACCCGAUCAAUCUGAGGAGCAGCGGCGUCUCAACGCACAGCUUCAGGGUGUCAUGGCAACACCCAGCGUCUGACGUGGUGCUGUACCGACUGACCUGGGCGCCCACCGAUGGAGGAGACAGUGAAGAGGUUAUGGUGGAAGGAAACACCGACACCUACCUGAUCGAAGGACUCAGCCCCUCCACGGAAUACGAAGUCCUCCUCGCUGCAGUCUACAGUGACGAGGUCGAGAGUGACGAAGUGAUCCUCGUAGAGUCCACAGUUGAAAGAGCAACCACAGUCGCCACGACAACCACCACCACAGAAGCUCCUCGGUUUGGGGUGAGGAACAUGAGGAUCGAUGAGGAAACCACCUUCAGCCUGCGUGUGUCCUGGCAGCCUGUCGACUCCAGAAACGUCCGACAUUAUCGACUGACCUACAUCAGCGCCAGGGGAGACCGAGCGGAAGAGACGAGGACAGUGCCGACGGGUCAGAACAGCCUGGUCCUGCAGCCUCUGCUGUCGGACACAGAGUACAAAAUCACCAUCACUCCUGUUUACCCCGAUGGAGACGGACCGACAGCUAUACGCAUGGGGCGAACACUUCCUCUUUCAGCUCCGAGGAACCUCCGGGUCUCAGAGGAGUGGUACAACCGCUUCAGGAUCAGCUGGGACGUCCCACCUUCACCCACCAUGGGCUACAGGGUCGUCUACCAGCCUGUGUCUGCCCCGGGCCCAGCUCUGGAAACCUUUGUGGGAGAGGACGUGAAUACCAUGCUGAUCGUCAACCUCCUGAGCGGGACUGAGUACAGUGUCAAGGUCAUCGCCUCCUACACCACUGGAUCCAGCGAGGCCCUUUCAGGGAGGGCCAAGACCUUGUACCUGGGGGUAACGAACCUGAGCUCAUAUCAGGUGAGGAUGACUGGAUUGUGCACCCAGUGGCAGCCUCACCGACACGCCAGCGCCUACAGGCUGGUCCUCGAGUCUCUGCUCAAUGGUCACAAGCAGGAGACAAAGCUGAGUGGAGGAGCCAACAGACACUGUUUCACCAGCCUGAAGCCCAACACGCAGUAUAAGAUAAGCGUGUACGCUCAGCUGCAGGACGGGACUGAAGGACCUGCAGUCACUGUUGCUGAGAAGACUCUACCCAUCCCGACCCCGGCGCCGACCAAGCCCCCAACGACCACGCCGCUACCCACAAUCCCUCCUGCCAAGGAAGUCUGCAAGGCUGCCAAAGCAGACCUGGUCUUCUUGGUUGAUGGUUCCUGGAGUAUUGGUGAUGACAACUUCCUGAAGAUCAUCCGCUUCCUGUACAGCACCGCCGGAGCUCUGGACCGGAUCGGCCCAGAUGGCACACAGGUGGCCAUCGCCCAGUUCAGCGACGACGCCCGAACUGAGUUCAAACUGAACUCAUACAAGGACAAGGAGCGACUGCUGGACGCCAUCAACAAGAUAUCCUACAAGGGAGGAAACACCAAGACAGGUCGAGCCAUCCAGCACGUGAAGGAGAACAUCUUCACAGUGGAGGGAGGAGUCAGGAGGGGCAUCCCCAACGUCCUCGUGGUCCUCACUGAUGGCCGCUCUCAGGAUGAUGUCAACAAGGUUUCUAAGGAGAUGCAGAUGGAAGGCUACAUUGUUUUUGCUAUCGGCUUCGCUGACGCCGACUAUGGCGAGCUGGUGAGUAUCGCCAGCAAACCCAGCGACAGACACGUCUUCUUCGUGGACGAUCUGGACGCCUUCAAGAAGAUUGAAGAGAAGCUGGUGACGUUUGUGUGUGAGGCCGCCACAGCCACUUGUCCAUCUGUGCCGAUGAGUGGCAGCACAACACCAGGUUUCCGUAUGAUGGAACUGUUUGGGCUGGUGGAGAAUCGGUACAGCAGCAUCUCUGGUGUUUCCAUGGUACCCGGCACCUUCAAUACCUUCCCCUGUUUCCACCUGCACAGUGACGCUUUACUGGCACAGCCAACCAGGUACAUCCACCCUGAAGGGCUGCCCUCAGACUACACCAUCACUCUGCUGUUCAGACUGCUGGCCAACACUCCUGAGGAGCCCUUCGCCCUGUGGGAGAUCCUCAACAAGAACAACGAGCCGCUGGUGGGAGUCAUCCUGGACAAUGGAGGAAAAACCCUGACCUUCUUCAACAAUGACUACAAGGGCGAGUUCCAGACAGUCACCUUCGAAGGGCCUGAAAUCAAAAAACUCUUCCAUGGCAGCUUCCACAAGCUCCACAUUGCCAUCAGCAAGACGAGUGCCAGAGUGGUGAUCGACUGCAAGACGGUGGCCGAGAAAGCCAUCAACGCAGCGGGAAACAUCACCAUAGACGGACUGGAAGUCCUGGGCAGGAUGGUUCGCUCCAGAGGCAACAAGGACAACUCUGCUCCGUUCCAGCUCCAGAUCUUUGAUAUCGUCUGCAGCACUUCGUGGGCCAACCGGGACAAGUGCUGCGAACUUCCUGGGCUGAGGAAGGAGACAGACUGCCCAGCCAUGCCCAAAGCCUGCACCUGCACCCAGGACAGCAAAGGCCCCCCCGGCCCUGCUGGACCACCAGGAGGCCCGGGCAUCAGAGGACCCAGAGGAGAUCGUGGAGAGCCAGGCCCGGUGGGGCCGACUGGUCCAGUGGGUGAAACUGGAGUACCAGGACCUCAGGGACCCCAAGGACCACAGGGGCCCAGUGGACGCUCCAUCAUUGGACCCCCGGGAUCUCCAGGAGAGAGAGGACAGAAAGGAGACCCUGGACAACCAGGACCACAGGGAGUUCCUGGCCGAGCUGGAGCUCCGGGCAGAGAAGGACCAACCGGACCCAGAGGACUGCCGGGCAAAGACGGCCCACCGGGCAGACAGGGUCCCCUGGGAACCAUCGGGACUCCAGGAGCCCCAGGGGCCCCGGGUAACUCAGGCCCUCCAGGAAAGCAGGGAGAGCUGGGACCACCGGGUCCUCCUGGGAGCAAAGGCGAGAAAGGUGAACGGGGUGACCUCCAGUCGACAGCCUCAGUUCAGGCCAUCGCCAGGCAGGUCUGUGAGCAGCUGAUUCAGAGCCACAUGGCGCGCUACAACUCCAUCCUGAACCACGCACCCAGUCCACCGAUCUCCAUCCGCACUGUGCCCGGUCCCCCUGGAGAACCUGGCAGACCAGGAUCUCAGGGCGCCCAGGGAGAACAGGGACCCCCAGGAAGGCCUGGUUUCCCAGGACAGAACGGACAGAAUGGGCAACCAGGAGAAAGAGGUCAACUAGGAGAAAAGGGUGAAAAAGGAUCUCCAGGCGUUGGAGUUCAGGGCCCAAGAGGACCUCCGGGACCCCCUGGUGCCCCGGGGCAGGGUAGACCUGGCAGCCCGGGUUCCUCUGGGCGACCUGGAAAUCCUGGACCACCUGGUCGGCCUGGGGUCCCUGGACCUGUCGGCUCUGCUGGGCCUCCCGGCUACUGUGACCAGAACUCCUGCGUGGGCUACAAUGUCGGAGAGGGUGAGGAUGUCACUGACGGCGGCGCUAUCCCCCCAGUCCAACUGCCGGCAAACGUGUUCCAGAACUACGGUGAAGUAGAGGAGGACGAUCCCUACCGCUACUACCAGCCCAACUACCCGGCCCCUCGGCCUGUGGCCCCUGACGACCCUGCGCUCGCCCUGGACGACAUCGACUUGUGGCCCCCCGGCGUCCACCGCAGCGCCCGCAGCCUGAAGGAGGAGGAGCAGAGCGUCGGGCCAAAGAGGAGACUAAAGAGAGGAGAGAAGACGCUGUCUGGUCUCACUGAUUGAGAGGAGGUGAUCGGAGGACGAAGGGCUGUUUCUCGCUGUUUGUGAUUGGGCGGUUUGGAGCUGUUACGGACAAAUCAACAAGUGCCUGAUGUAGAGGGUUUCUUAUGGACAUCGUAGAGGGGACGGGGUGGGGGUGUCAGGUUUGGACUAUUUUAACUCAUCUAUGCUAUUGAAUUAACAAGAAAACAGGUUCAUGUUGACUCAUUUGUUUUUGUUGUUUUUGUUGUUUUUGUUUCCGUGGAGACGAUCCUUUAAAAACAAAGGCAGAGUUUAACUGGGGUUUAUAUUUCACAGUUUUACUCUGUCAACACUUCAACUGUUUAUGUGAUCAAGUUUCUCAGACGGUUUGUCGACAAACUGACUGGAGGAAAGUCGCCGGUCGUGUUUUCACGUUUCAGUUGUGCUGUUUGUUAUUUGCCUGGUUGGUUAAGUGCCUCCUAAUAAUGUCAAUUAUUGUGAAAGAAAUUUCAGAGUACACUACAACACACAGAAACACACAGCAAACUAACAGCCAACAUGGCCACUCUUUAUGUUGCAUUUACGUUCAGUUUUAUGACUGCAGAGUUCUCAGCUGACAUCGUGAGGCAUAAAUACAUGAGAAGGUUUUAAUUUCAUGCACCAUCAAUAAAUACUUUGUGAUCAGGUUGGUGCACAAGUCCGGUGUUCCUGCCUGACUCGAGAUGUUCAUCUACAGCAGCGGCUGCAGACCAGACAUCACAUAACACCUGUGAUCCAUCCCAUAAUUAAACAACAACUUCAUUUGAACGAAGAAAAGAUUUAUACCUUCAUCUGAACACAAAUUCUACACAUUACGUUAAGUACUUUCUAAUGUUUUGUACCACGAGCUGUGUGAAUACCGGAUUCUGAUUGGCUCAGGUGUCCAUUAAUUCCUGAUGAUGGACACCUGUGCAGUGGUUUCAGUCAAAGUGUCUGUUCUGUUCUGAACGAAUGCACCGGCAUCAGAAAUAAGUGACAACCGUCUGAAUAUCAGCGCUGAGUGAAGUGCUGCAGUGCCUCAUCCUCACCACAGGGUGGCGACUGUAACACCAGCUGCACCAGCCUGCACUGCCGCUCUGAACUUCCUCUGUGGCUGUCAGCGGUCGCCUCACAUCCCUUUCACUGUUCAGCUCUGCUUCAGAGCGAGCCGACAGGAGCUUUGGCUUGUGAAAAACUUGACAAAACUCUUUAAAUUUGACUGAAAACUAAAUCACUGCCUCUGUGUUGUCCAUUAACUCCUGAUAAUGAAUACCCGGUCAGACAUCAUCCCUCACACGUUUGCGUCUGACAGGUCACACACUGUCAGCUGACGUUAGCCGCGUCGCGUUGGCUAACGAGGCUCCUGUUCUGCAGUAACUGCUGGAUCUGAACGCGCCCUCCUCUCGUUUGCUGCAGCCAGCCUGAGAACUGAAAACAGUAAUUUAUGUAAAGUUUUGCAUGUUUUUGUUUAUUUACGAUGUGAUGUAUGUUUUUGUUUAACCUCAUAGAGCCAUAGACACAUUUUACUGUGGCGUAUAGAGACUAUGGCUAACAGUGUUAAGCUCAAACUGAUGUUGCUCUGUCUGUGAGGAGGCUGAGGAAAACAAACAACAGAUUUUUCUGAGUGAAUGUCUGUGGGUUUAGCUGCCAGGUUUCUGGAUCUCGUUGUAACUGGCAGAAGCUGCUGGCCGUGUUGUCGAGGGACGGCUGAAGAUUGAAAAAUAAUUUUCAUUUUUAAGACGGACAGCUGGUUUCCACUCUGUGUUUUGUCUCUUUUGUUUGUAACUUUUCUCAUUCGGUUAAUGUAAGUCAAAGUGGAAGCCGUCUGUUCCGGGACUGAACUGUGGGGGUCUUGGCAGAGACUGAUUUGAGAACAGAAACGCAGCAGCUCGGUCCAUUUGAACUUGAUUUCUUUCGUUGCUGGAGAUCAGUUAUGUAAAGGGAAGUUAUUUCCUCAUUCACUCACCUGUCAGAGCAAACGUCAGUUAAUUCAAGCACAGCGUUUUCCAAACAUCUUGUAAAGACGGGCCACAGCGUUUGAGAUUCCCCUCUGACCAGGAGGUGUUGGAAAAAUAAAAUCAAGGAAGUAAUUUAUUUUUUACUUAUUGAUUGAUUUUCUCAGAACAAUAAAGCUGAAGUACACCUGUG